AUGCAAGCACUGCGACCGACCCUCCAGCUCCUCCGAGCGCCAAUCGCGCGAGGAGCUACGCCGCGGACUCCCGCAUCUACUACCGCACAGCGCCUCUUCUCACACACGCGACCAGCGCGAUUACUAGGUCCCCCAGUAAACAUCCCGAAAUGGGUCUCCGAAAACUCCCACAUGCUCCAACCCCCAGUGAACAACUACUGCGUCUAUAACGACUCCGCCACCGUGAUGAUCGUGGGAGGUCCCAACGCGCGCGCCGAUUACCAUAUCAACGAGACACCCGAAUGGUUCUACCAGCAUAAGGGCGGGAUGCUGCUCAAGAUUAUCGACGACGGCCAGUUCCGCGACGUACACAUUAACGAGGGCGAUAUGUUUCUUCUACCGCCGAAUACGCCGCAUAAUCCCGUUAGAUUCGCGGACACGGUGGGGAUCGUGCUGGAGCAAAAGAGGCCGAAUGGGAGUAUCGAUCGACUGAGGUGGUAUUGUCAGGACUGCGGAGACCAGGUGCAUGAAGCUAGUUUCCAUUGUACAGAUCUGGGAACACAGAUCAAGGCCGCGGUGGAGGCGUUCAAGGCGGAUACGGAGGCGAGGACGUGUAAGAACUGCGGGGCAUUGUGUGAUACUGCGCAUAAGCUGGAGACAUGA